ACUCCGCUCCGAGGCUGUGCACACGCGUUGGGAACUCCAAGUGGCCGAAGUGUGCACCAGUUGUGGCGGGAGUUGCCGUAUCCCUUUCGGUAGUAUAGGAUUACAAUGGCGUCCUCUGGCAGUACCCAGAGGUUUAUAGAAGUGGAGGAGGAGCCAAACUGUUGUCUUAAAUACAUUACAAUCAUUGUUCGGACAUGGGGUAUUUUAACUGCGGGAGCUCUCUGGGGAACUUGUAUCAAGCUAUUACAACUUCAUGCCGGAUUAAAAUUCCUAGGAUGGUAUUUGCUGGGCGUUGCUAUCGUCGUUACAUUCUUUGAGCUGACCUGGCUGAUCAACAAGUGUGCCUGCUGCGAUGACCGAAGUUGCUGUUGUUUAAUUUGGAGAGGAAUUGUUUGGAUUGACAACUGGCGAAAGACUCUUCUUUAUGUUGCCUUGUGUAUACCAUGUUUUCUUAAGGGCAUGAAAGUGUUAAUGGGAGUUGUGUGUGGUUUGAUAUUGAUAGUCUUAGCACUGCUGUAUCUCGUAAAAUCCUUCAAAAACGUCCAUUGCGGCAAGAAAAAGCGGAACAUUAACUAUAUGGAGGUGACCAGCCCAACUGUAAGCCUGGUCCAGCACGAGGUGUCACAACCUGCAGAGCAAGACAUCUCACACCCCUCAUCGCCAACAAAAGAUCAAGACAGCGAUACGUCAUACCAGGGAGGGCAAUCACCAACGUCGCCUUGAGCGUCCUCUUUAUUCAGUGCCUGGCACCAGAUAUCCAAAAUGGCCGUCUUGGUGCCUGAUGUGACGGUCGAGAAAUAAUUUAAAAUAAAAAUAAAAAAUGUUCUAAUAUACAUUUACCUCCUGAACUCGAUUACAUGUAUGAUUUUUUUUACAUUCAGUACUUGAAAACAGCUUGCCUUUUGCUGAACUCCGAAGUUCCGAACCAGUACAACGAUUCGGUGUUUUCAAGUUCCCUGCAGCGUACUCAAAGUAGUUAGUCAUAUUUUAGAGCGCAAUUUUGAAACUAUGCAAAAACUCGUUAAAAAGAGCGAUAGAUCAUUAAUACGUCGGUUCAAGGUAGUUUUAUAUGUAAUAAGAAAUACGGGUCAGGGUUUUGCAAAUCUGCAUUUAGUACUGGUACCGGUAAGUAAGAAAGAAAUAUAACUUAAUUUAAUUUUAUAGACAAUCAUGACUGAACUUAUAAUGAUUGUCAAUAUGUAGUCAGAAUAUUUAUUUGGUGCCUUAUUUUGCGGCUAUAACUGCAAGAUGUUUUCAUGUUAUGAACAAUACAUCAAUAGGAAAAGAAAUUGCUGUGAAAAAAAGAAAUUUUACAGUGAAUUCGAAACGAAGAAGAUUCCGAAAAAUCCGCGGAAACGUUUACCAUGCGGAUCGACAGCUUACAAUUCGAUGGUAAAUAAAAUGAUUUCAACUACUGUACUGAUAUCUAUGACAUUUUCAAAUGAAAGUUCCUAAAUGUUAUUCAUGCACGAGGUGCGGAUGCCACGUAACCCAGGUCACGAAUACUAAUAAGUUUCGUAUUCGUACACAUAAUCUUGAUAAUCAAGACUCUUGGGCGAUAUUGUUCUACAAGAGUUGCCGAAGCUGGAUAAUAUAUCAGCUAGGAAUCUUGAUAACUUCUAUUGUGAUUUUUGACCGGGGUCGCGAGUAUUUUGCACUACGGUGUAAUAAUCUACAAAAAAUACAUUCAUUGUUGUUCAAUAAUUUGUUACGUUUGCAAUAAUUAUGAUAUUUAACUAAGUCUUUCAGUACGCUAAAAUAAGUGUACUUAAUUUAUGAUGCAACUACUGUACUUACUUGUAUCUUUGAGACACACUGUGUCAAUUGUGUGUUGCCUGAAUGGAAUCAAGUGCCAAAAGUUAAAUUAUAACAAAAGUGAUAGUUUAAGAGAUUCGAAAUUACAGUAUUGUAUUUAAAGUCUUUGAGUAAUAUAUUUAUUAGAUACACUAGUUCCCCCGAUCUAAGACCAAUUUGUCAUGUUAUUAUCACAAUACAGACGCAAAGACCAAGCCGUCAUAUCUAUCGUAUGGUGUCUAUAACAUCUUGAAUGGCAUCGAGUGAACAUGUGCAUAAUGUAUCCCUUUCCCAUUCCUUAAACAUUCAAAAACGGUCUAGAUCGGUGAAGCGAGUGUAUUCAGAGAAAUUCUAUGUAAUACAUCAUGUAGGUACUGGUCAUUUCUUCGCAUUACAAAUCGUAUCGCAUUCUCAACUAUUUAUUUUUUAGAGACUAGUUGUCUGCUUUAGGGCAUCCUUUAAACCCAGUUUGUUUGCUGAAAUACUUAGUAUAUACAAUGUGUUUAGAUUAAGUUUAAUUGAAGCCCUAAUAUCGAAAAAUCCACAUCUCGGAUAAAAAUGACGUGGAAUGAAUUGAUUCAUGUAUAAUGCUCAUGAGGGAGCUUUCGCAAAGCCCUCGAACUGCCAACCCAAACGCCUAUCCCAUUGUUCGAGAUCCUCUUUACGAUGUCGAACAAUGGACAGGUGUUCACGUUGGUGUUUAGGGGGAUUUGCGAAAACCCACAAAAUAGUAUACAAUGCGCGUGCAUUUCUAGUACUGAACGUAUGUUGUGUAAACGUAGGGCAUUUAAUUUUGGAUUAGGCUGGGCAUAUGUGCAAUAACCUUGAGGAUAACGUUCAUAUAAGAGGUCGAUCUGGCCCUUUACCAUCAGGAUGGGCUGCCGUACAGUUGCACUACUGCAGAAGCUCCCUGCCGGUGUGGCGGCAUUUUAAUUAUGCAAUCCUGUGAUUUGUGUUAAUACUCCCUGGAGGACUUUGAAACAGCGGAGGCGCGGGUCAGAAUUUACAGAUUUUGUGUUUGUUCACGAAUGUUCGGCGCAAGUGAGUCUUUAUGCUCGCGUGAAGCCGAAUACAAAAUCUUGAGAUUUUAUUCCAUCUUGUGCCGACCGGAGCGCUGUUUAUUUCAAGUGCAUGUUCUCGCUAUAAAGUAUUGCGGUCGAGGAAAAUUUAGAACGAAUAGCAGCAAAAAUAUAAAAGCGAGCCUUGUAUACUUUAAAGCAAAAAAACGAGAAAAUGGCACUGACUUUGGUUGAUCACAUAGUACUUUAAAUGCAGCCAUAUAAUAAAAUGUUAUUACACAUGCACAAUGUACCUCAUCUGAAACUUUAAAGUACAUGUACCUUAAGAAAACAGACAAAGCUUGACCUGGAACGAGCCAUUUCAAACAAAGUUAACUCUUCCCAAUCAUUUUGUUCCUUUUUCCUUGCAGUGCCAUUUUUCGUGAAUUGGACUUAAGGCCACUUUGAUACUCGUACUUCAAAGCUUCGAUUUUCCUUCAAGACGUUAAUUUUAUAAUUUUGUUGAUAGUGAUAAUUUUAUGUAUAUAUUGUACAUAGUGUUGAUCGGGUUAUGGGUAAUAAAUAAGAUGGUAAUGGA